GAACUCGAUGAUGCCGAUCCCGAGUCCGUGGAAGAACGCCUGGGGAACUACCGGUUGGCCACUGAGCGUGCGGUGGGAGAGCUUCAGGCGAACAGGGACCGGCAGAACGGGUUGAGAAGCAGCUUGGAAUUGCGCGGGGAGCAGGGACUGCAGACUGCUUGCGACGCGGCUGUCACCCUGUUGAGCCACUUGGAACGGGAACAUGUUGGUGAAGAGGCCCGGGCAGAGGCUGCGCGGGUGUUGCGAGACACGUUUGCCAAACAUCGGGAGCAGGCUCACCAACGCUACAUCGGGCCCUUCAGGGAAUCCAUAGAACAGCUCGGGCGCAUCGUUUUUGGGCCUACGUUUGAGGUGGAGAUCGACCGGAAUUUGAAUAUUGCCCGUCGCACGCUGGACGGGGUCACGCUGCUUGUCGAGCAGCUGAGCACCGGGGCUCGUGAACAACUCGGUGUGAUCUCCCGGCUGGCCUGCGCAACCAUAGUCAGUCCUGAGGACGGUGGGGCUCCCGUGAUGAUUGACGACGCAUUGGGGUGGAGCGAUCCUCAGCGUCUUCAGGGUAUGGGUGCCGUCAUUGCAGCUGCAGGCAGGGAGUGCCAGGUGAUCGUGCUCACCUGUACGCCGGGCCGAUACUCCCACGUGGGGAAUGGGACGGUUGUCUCGUUGUAAUUGGGGUGGCGGAACCUGUUUUCAGAGCCUGUUUUCAGAGCCUGUUUUCAGAGCCUGUUUUCAGAGCCUGUUUUCAAGGAGAGUGGUGCCCUGCCAGUAGACCACCACCAUUCUGAGCGGAGAUUGGCGUGUUGGCUGUAGGGAGGGCUGCUGUCACGGUCUUGAGUUUCUGCCGGGGGCCCGGUGGCCCACGGUCCUCCGCCUCGCUUUCCGCGCACAGAACUUGGCAGUAGUGCAUCCGGAGGGCCGCUGUGGCUGGCUCAGCUAUGAGUUGUGUCGUCUCGGGUCCAAGUUUCCCUCUCCCCAAAUGGUGCGGACGAGUUGCUGGUCAUCAGCCUGCGCCUGAUUGACUCGAGGCUGCGCUGCAGGCUUGGCGACCGCAGUUUGCGUUCAGUUUGCGUUAUGGUUGGAGUCCAGGACGGCUGGGACCUCGAAUGAGCCCUCUCCCUGCUGCAGGAGGGCCGGGCAGGGUAUUGGUGACGGGUCUUCUCGACCCGUCCCUAGUCACCACUGGACAAACAUUGGCAUGACUACGUGGACGUAAUCAUCACUGUCGGUGGGUUUGAAUACGCCUGGGCUGGAGGAUGUUGUGGUCUCAAUGGCGAUGCGGCCGCGUUCCAACACUGACAGGACGUCCAGCAGGUAGCGGCUGUUAAAGGCGAUUUUCCCCUCUUCCCCCUCCAGUUCGGCCACGUCGACGACGUCCUCGUUGUCGCCAACCUCUUCAGAGCGGGCCGAUAUCAUCAGCCUGCCGCCGGACUCCUCCCCGUCCCCGUUGGGCUGCACGUGCAUGCGGAUGAUGUUGGAGCCAUCGCGGGCGAAUAUUGCAGCAGUGCGGGCCGCUCGCAGGGUCUCCUGAAGGUCAAGGAUAGCCCUUGUUGUGUAGCCCUGCGGAAUGAGCUGGUCAUAGUUGGGGAAGGUGCCCUGCAGCAACUGGGAGACCAGUUCGACGGUGUCGCCGCCCUGCAGACGGAACAUCACCUGUCCCUUCUGGGGCGUGAGCAUUAUGUCCACCGGUUCAGAGUUAUCGCCCAGGAGCCUCUGCAAUUCGUUCAUGGUGCGCGCGGGGAUGAUGACGCUCAUCUCCUCCGGCGUUGACUGCAUCAACUCGCCGUGCUGCACAGCCAGACGGAAGCCAUCUGCCGCGGCCAUGGUGAAAGCGCCUUCGCGCAGCUUUACUUCGACCCCGGUGAGCACCGGACGCGAUUCCUCGGUGGCGGCGGCAAAUGCCACUCUGGAAAUAGCGGUUCUGAGGGCCGACGGCUGCACCUGUGCGACCACAGCGUCCUCUAUGGUUGGGAUGGGCGGAAACUCGGAGGCGUCGGUACCAUUUAUGUUGGCCUGGGACCGGCCCGACUUUAUCUGAAGAACGCGGGAACCCGGCUCCAUCUCGAUGUCUAUCCGGUCGCUGCCCAGCGAACUGACAAACUCGGUCAACAGGCGUGCCGGAACUGUCACCGACCCCUCUUCCUCGACCAUCGCACCCACCCAGGUGGUCAUGGAGAUUUCCAGAUUGGUGGCUGACAAUCGAAGCAUGCCGCCAUCGGUGGACAACAGCACGUUCUGGGUAACUGGCAGCGUGGCCCUGGUGGCGACCGCCCGCCCAAACCACACCCAGACCCCUGGUCAAAUUCUCCUGCAAGCACGAAAUUCUCAUCGUUCGCCCCUGAAACCGGCCUCACCAGCCGCCCUGUUUUUCAUUACUGCCAACUUUUCAAUUGGCAAGCCAUUAUAUGCCAAAUUCGUGCCUUGUGGCACACGGACAUAAGAGGCGCUGCAGGGCAAUCGCGUUUCAGCGGGAUCCAGCUUUGUAGUGAUAUUUCAUUGCCAUGGACCAGUCCAUCUCAGUUUGAUUUCUCUUCUGAGCCGGGUCGGAAGGCUGGGUCUGAAUUCUCAAACGAUGCGGGCACACCGGUUGGUUGGCCGGACACAUGCCUCGGGCUGUGGCGUGGGAAUUUUGGGACAGAAUAUUUGGCCCUUUUCCCCAUUCCGUCCCAUUUUUCCCAUUUUCACCCGACCGCCAGCUAC